ACAAGAGCAGGGGGGCAAAAAAAAAACGAGCGAGUUGAUACAGCUCCUAGAUGCUUCACACUUCUGCACCUCUAGCAGAAAGUGACAUGCAAUGCCAAUUCACACCGUUGAGCCAUACAGCUGGGCUGAUCGUUGCAAAGUGCUGAAGCCUAGCAGACACUGGGCACAUCUGCAUUCUGAGGCAAAGGACUAUUCUUUCUUGAUGUUAAUUUGAAAUCUUUUUUUUUCUUUGCUUUUGUUUGCACACCUAAAUGAGUGUGGCAUGAACCGUUUUCCUAGGUGGCUUCCCUGCACACCAGAAUGGGAACAGCUGUAUCCAAAAGAAGAAACCUGAGGAGUGAUGCCAUUUCAUCUGUCGCAGCCAAAGUUAGAGCAGCCAGAGCUUUUGGUGAAUACCUGUCCCAAAAUCAGUCGGAUAACAGAAGUGGUUCAGACCAACUGUUAGCUGAUGCAUUUAUGAGCCAAGAAGAGGCUGUGGAAUCCCAGCAAAUACCCCAGAACAAGCGCAGAUUAUCUCUUGUCUCCAACAGCAAGUUUGAGAGAAGUUUUUCAGAGGAGCAACCUGAGAAGAUACCAGGAAAAGAAGAAGAACAGAAGCCCAGAGUGUACACUAUUUCCGGAGAGAGGCAGAUGCUGUCUGAUCGAGAAAACCAGAGCAUAGAACUGGCACUUUUGAAGGGUGAGCAGGAACUUCGGCCCCAUAUUCAGCCCCUGCAGAGUGCAGGCAGCUCACACAACAUUGGCCGGCACUGCAAGUGGGGGGCCAGCAGGCAGGGUUCUAGAGAGUGCCCCAACUGUGCCCGACUUGCUGCUGCCCCUUCCCAUCACUCCUUUGAUCUUGACCACCUACAUUCCAGUGAGGCAGGAUGGCGGCGAAAAAAACUGGAGAGGAUGUACAGUGUGGAUCGGGUCUCUGACGAUGUGCCUAUACGGACCUGGUUCCCCAAAGAAAACCUCUUCAGUUUUCACACUGCCACCACUACUAUGCAAGCGAUUUCGGCAUUCAGGGGUUAUGCAGACAGAAAGAGGAGGAAACGGGAAAAUGAUUCUGCCGCCGUUAUACAAAGAAAUUUCCGUAAACAUCUGCGCAUGGUUGGUAGCCGAAGGAUGAAAGCACAGGGCUUUGCAGAUCGUCGAGAGAAAAGUUUUAGCCGGUCAUGGAGUGACCCCACUCCUAUUAAGGCUGACUCCUUCAAUGACUCUCGGGAAAGUCAUGAUCUCCAAAACUCCUGCAGUGCCCUGGAUGAUGACUUUGAUGAUUUGAACUGGGAGGCUGAAAAGGAGCUGGAAGCCCUUGCAUGUGAGGGUGAUGACUUUGUUCCUCCCAAAAUUAUGCUGAUCUCCUCUAAAGUGCCAAGGGCUGAAUACAUCCCAACCAUUAUCCGUCGGGAUGAUCCUUCCAUCAUUCCCAUUCUUUAUGACCAUGAACAUGCCACUUUUGAUGAUAUUUUAGAAGAAAUUGAGAAGAAGCUUAACAAUUACAGAAAAGGUUGCAAGAUUUGGAAGAUGCUCAUCUUUUGUCAGGGGGGUCCUGGCCAUCUCUACUUGCUUAAGAACAAAGUUGCCACAUUUGCAAAGGUGGAAAAGGAGGAAGACUUGAUUAUGUUCUGGAGACGUCUGAGUCGUCUGAUGAGCAACAUCAACCCUGAACCCAAUGUCAUUCACAUCAUGGGCUGCUACAUUCUGGGGAAUCCAAAUGGAGAGAAGCUCUUCCAGAACCUAAAGGCAUUGAUGAAUCCAUACAGAAUAUCAUUUGAGUCCCCACUGGAGCUGUCUGCACAAGGAAAAGAAAUGAUUGAGACCUACUUUGACUUCCGUCUCUAUCGUCUGUGGAAGGCUCGACAGCAUUCCAAAUUACUGGACUAUGAUGACAUCUUAUGAGUGAUGGCAGGAAUGUCUUAAUGGAGUUGAUUCUUCAAAAGUCUUAGGAGCCAUUGAAGCCCAGACUUUCUAUUUAUCUGCAGUUGCCUGCCACAGCCACGGAGGCAGUGAAAAACAAGGCACCUCAAGAUUGAGCUGUAUGGAUCGAGUCGAAGGCUAUCAUUUCCUCAAUGCUUUCAGAGAAAGAAUGAAGUUGGUUUGGUGCCUGUGGGUAGUGUUGCACAGUGACCCACAUCUCUUUAUGGAGUGAGAAAGGCGAAACCAGGUGACAGAAAUACCUGGUAGGUCAAGGCUGUUUCAGGCCAUGGCAAGCUGAUUUCCUAGUCCUUUUGAGAAAAAAAUAAAAACUUGAUCAAGCUCAGGGUGUUCUGACAAAAAGAUUUCAUGCACAAUUCACAAGAGUAAUACUGGAUUGUGCUGCAUAGAGUCAUGGUUCAUUCAAGAAUGAUUGGAGGGCUAAACUGUGCACAUGAUCAGCUGGGAAAUGUCUUGCUGUACUGAAUUCAGAUGAGUUUUCUCAAAUAAUGUGAAAUUCAUUUGCAUAAGAUUCUGUAGGAUUUAAUAUUUCUUCUACUAUAGCAAAUAAAUGCAAUUUUAUAUAUAGAUGUAGAUAUAUAUACAAAUUAAAUAUAUAUAUAAAUACAUACAUGUACUUUCUUAUAAACUAGGAGUAUAAAACAUUUGAAAUACCUGAUCAGCAAAGAUAUAUGCUGAGUUUUGAAUAUAUAGCUAUAUGUAUACACUUAUAUUCCACAGAUGUGUGAAUCACCAGCAGACUUGGACUUUUGGUAGCUCUUAGCUCUAAAAUAACCUUAAGGAUCUUUGGAUUUCCUUCUGUUUGCGGACUUCCAGAAUCCAUAUAUUGCACUAAAUGUCCCUCAUGUCUGGGGCUGUACAGUUCUGCUUGGAUUAGCCUAAUUUCUGGAAUUUGGAUCUUGUUGCUUAGGAUGCUAAACGUGGUAAGGUUUAGGCAAACUAUUCUGCAAGUGCACUGCACAAAUGUUGACAGGAGACAGUUUGGAGCAUUAGUUCUUUUGUAUCUCUUCUUACUGUGGGAUGCAACUCACUGACGCAUCCCCAUCAGUUACCUGGUUGAUUUAAGCUACAGUUAUGCAUAUUUUAACAAGACAAUGCUCAUUUUGUAGUACUGGCUUUCAAUGGGGGUGGAAAUGUCCUACAGUAUGGACAAGCUCAUAAUUUAUAAAAAGCCAUUGAAACUAGACUGUUUAGAGAAUUUUUUUUUUUUACAAAAGUGAUGUUGAGGUUUUCCUUUAUGUCAGAGUUACCUGUUGUUUGAUAUA